AAUUUAAUUAUUAUAAAAUGUGGAUACAGUGAAUAGUGAAACAUAACCAAAAACAAAGAAAGAAAAAAAAACGAAAACCAUUCCUUUAUUCACUUUAGUUCAUUUUAAAUUCAAUUUCAAUCAUGAUUCAAUUGGAACAUUGUUCAGAUUUUGAAAUGUCUGUACCAUAUGGUGCAAUACGUGGUAAAAUAUGGCAUCAUAAUUGUAAUGAUAAACCAGCACUCGAUGAUGAUACUGUUCGUGUAUUAGCGCUACAUGGAUGGCAAGAUAAUUGUGGUACAUUUGAUCGUCUAAUACCAUUAUUACCUAGUAAUCUUUAUAUUGUUGCAAUCGAUUUUCCUGGUCAUGGUCUUAGUUCACAUCUUCCGGCUGGUUGUCCAUAUAAUGAUACAAUGUUUGUCAUUGAAUUGGAACGAAUUGUUCAAUAUCUUGGAUGGAAAGAUCAACCAUUUACAAUACUUGGUCAUUCAAUGGGUGCUGCAAUUGCUAUGUUUUAUGCAUGUCUUUAUCCAUCAUCUGUACGACGAAUUAUAUCGCUUGAUAUGAUCAAACCAUUAACAUUCCCUGCAGAUAAAUUGGCUGCAAAAACACGUGAAGGUAUUGAACAAUUUCUUCAUCUGGAAUCUAAACUUUGUAUGACUAAUGGUAAUAAUAAUGGUGUUGUCGGUAAUGGUGAUCAACAAAAAAUGAAAAUGUCAAUGCCACCGUUGUAUGAUCAUCAAGAAGCUAUCAAUAAACUAAUUUCAGCACAUUCAAUAUUCGGUAAGAUAACUGUUGAAGGUGCACAGAUUCUUUUGAAACGAGGUGCUAAACCAUCUACAACAGAUGAAAACAAAGUUUAUUUUACACGUGAUAAUCGAUUGAAAGCAAUACUAUUUCAACGUUUGGAUAAUGAUUCGUUAGCACAUUAUUUUGAACAACUUGAAUGUGAGAUAUUUAUUAUAAAAGCACAGAAUGGUGUACGACUUGAUCCAGAUGAAAUAUCCGAUCGUUAUAUUCGAUUGUAUCGUGAAAAAUGUCCAAAAUUCGAUUUAAUCACAAUACCGGGUGGUCAUCAUGUUCAUCUUUGUUCACCAGAAAAUGUUUACCAAACAAUAAUCAAUUUUCUUAAUACUUCAUAAAUGACCAUUGAAUUAAAAUGGUCAAUUAGGAUUUUAUCUUGAU